AUGGAGAGACUGAUCCGAGACAAGAUACAGGGUUGGCUUGAGAAGUUCAACAUGAUUCCAAAAGAACAACAUGGUUUCUUGAGUGGGGCUCCCACGUCCGCUUCUGAACAGUGGCAAAAUCUUGUAGAAGUCUUAGUUGACCUGUCCGAAGCAUUUGAUAAGGUCUGCCACCGUAGAUUGCUAAUCAAAUUACAGCAUCUGGGGAUUUCUGGGCAGCUUCUAGAUUGGCUGAGAUCUUUUCUAAAUCAACGAUACAUGACCGUCAAGGUUCGUCACAGCUUCUCUGACAGACACCACUGUCAAAGUGGUGUCCCUCAAGGGAAGCGUUUUAUCACCGUUUUUCUAGCUAUACUUCUGGACUCCUUUGCUUAA